UUCCACUAAUUUUUUUUUUUUUUUACAAAGGAGGUCCCGAACAAGUCCUGUUGGAUUCCAACUCUUAAAAGUGGUUUCAUGAACUAAGUGAAUUGAUUUAUUCCUUCCUUGUCCUGCUUGUAAUCUUGAUGUUGAUGUAAUCAUUCUUUAUAAAUUUGGUUAUAUAUCAUAAUUGUGAUUCUUAAAGAAAAAAGAAUUUCUAUCUAUCUUGAUUUUGAUUGCUCACCAAUUUACUUCUAAUCUACAUUUGCUUGUUUAUAUCUCCUCUAGAUACCACGAGAAUAAAUGAAAGAAAAAGACAAGGGAAGGUAGAAGGAUAUAUGUUCUUGUCUUUCUUGUUCAUAACUUCACAUGGUUACAUAUGCAAAAAUUAAAGCUCCAUCAUUACUUGAUUAAGUUAUAGUUCGAGUCCAACACGUUCUGUUUUGUUUUUCAUCAUUGAAAAUACCGUCUUAAUCUGGACUUGCAUUAACCUUAUUCUUUCUAGUUGAGAUUUUUGGUGAAGAACAAAUUUAAUUGUUGGUGGCUUGGAUAAUGUGCAUCUCUGCUGUCUAACUCAGAUCAACGAUUUUGAGGCCGAAAAUGGUAACAAUGCAUGCCCAUUAUUAAUUUACUAUACUUAAUCAGAGGCAGAUGAUGGACAACUCAUCUUUUAGUGGUCGGAAAGAUGAUCAGGGGAAAGAAGAUUCACUAUAAAACUUGGAGGAUAACUGUGAUACUUCAGGAGACAAUGGAAUGAAUUAUUCUGAAUUAAAAUUGAAAAAGCUGGCAAGAAGGGUAAAUCCACAGCAUGCUCUGAUAUUAAAUGCUAAAAGAUUACAAGCUGGAAAAAGUCUUAUAGGGGGUUCAUUCCUUCAGAGUAUUUUUGGCAUAGGGAAUAAGAUUCCGAGGCAUGUGGUUACUAUAGAUGAGAAAUAUCUUUGUCGCUGCCUGGAGUUGAUUCAUAUCAAUGCAGCAAAAGCAGCUCAAAGCAAAGUCUCUGUGAACUUGACCUCCAUAAAAAUGGGCAUUUUAUCUGAUGGACUGAAUUCAGCUAAAAUCAGGGAUGAAGAUACAUGUGAUUUGGGGAGCUUUGAUUUUGACCGUCCACUGGCAGUUGGGACUGGUAGUGUAGUCAUUGGUCCUGCAGAACAGUGGGUUGUUGGUUCAAUAAUGGGCAGAAGGAGUAUGGCAAAUAUAUUGAAGAGCCCAUUGUUACAGAAAUUGGGUGCAUUGGAUGUUGAUCCAAGUUUGAAUGAUGUUAAAGGAUUGAUAAGUUAUGACGUCAUGAGGUCUCCUGGUGGUUUCAUUAAUUAUUCAUCACAUAAGCUAGGAAGUGAAACACCCAUAUCUGAUACUCGUAACUAUGGAUCUGAAACUGUGCAUAAAAGGCUUGUUUCUGUGUCAUGUACAAACUCAACAUGCUCUGAUCAGUCCUUUUCUUUUAAUCCUACAGCAAUAUCUCAGGGAAUGCUUCAAUGCACAUGGAAGGGUGGGAUUCCUUGUUUUGUUUUCUCCCUGGAUAAUCAGAGGGAGGUAUAUGUAGCCAAUAUGUCAAAGGAAGGAUCAGGUCGCAGUAAGGGUCUGGAUUAUAUGUACUUGUUCCAUUCAAGCAAGGGUUGUCACAAGGAACAUGGGAUUAGUGAUAAUGAGUCGUGCCUUGUUGGUAAGAUGAAGGUAUCUACCUUUUUCUCAAUCUGCCCCCAAGAUUCUAAAGUCAUGGAGACGGAGUUUGUUUUGUUUAAUGAUAAUGAAACUUUCAGUCGAGAGCUGCCAACUUCAAGCCAUAACCACAGGAAGAAUAAGAGUCUACCAAAAAAAAUGGUGGAAGUAUUCAAAAGGAGUCACUUUUCCAAGAAGAGAAUGAUGUCUAGAUCUCGUCGACCAAGUUCCAUAAUGGAGGAUUCUUCUUGGGAUCUAUGCCAAGAAAAAGACAACAAUUCUGAUGGAGUAGAUGGGACAAAUCUUUUGGAGGAACAACUUCCACCAUAUGUUGAAUUGACUGCCAUUGUUGUGAGGGACCAGUUCCCUGAAAAUACUCGGCCCGAAGUUGGAGGUUGGGGCUUAAAGUUUCUCAGGAAAGCAGGGGUUAAGCAAACUGUUGACACUUUGGAAGCCCCAGUUCCUUCUUCUUGUUCUUGCGAUACCAGUGAUUGCUCAACAAGAAUGGAUAUUCUAGUUCCAGCAAGUAUUCAUGUUGGUCCAAGAACCGGCAAUGGUGGCCCCUCUAGUCUUAUUGAAAGAUGGAGAUCUGGUGGACAUUGUGACUGUGGUGGCUGGGACUUGGGCUGCCCGCUGACAGUACUUAAAGCCAGAUCAAGUAAAGAAGGAGGUUUACCUCCAACAGAUAUGUCUGAGGCAUGCAAGUUAUUUGAUUUUUUCAUUCAGGGUUCAAAGAAUGGUUCUCCAACCUUGAGGAUGGCAAAUGUUCAUGAUGGCCUGUAUUAUAUUCAUUUUCAAUCAACACUCUCUGCUCUGCAAUCUUUCUCAAUUGCAGUAGCAUACAUCCACGCUCAAAGUUCCACUCUCCGACCAAAAAAUGUACAGCAGUCAAGAUAGCGAGAUCUAGAAUUGAAGUUUAUUCAGUUGUAACCCUCUUACUUUACCAAAGUAGUAUGUAAUUCAAAGUUUAAGUAUUUAUACACGAAUUGAGGUUGUUAUUUUUAUAUUUU